AUGUCAAUAACAAUAAAUGACAAAUCGCCAAAACCUAAAAAAAAUGCAUUGUUAAAAAAUUUAGAGAUUGACGACUUAGUACAUUCCCAAUUUGUUACAAGGAAUACAAAUGGACACAGAACUACAAGACAACGAUCUAAUCCUAACACCAAUGGAACUAAUCGAAUAAGAAUCUGCUCUCUACCCCAUAAGAACAAUAAUACAAAGAAGAAAAAAGGGUCUGAAAUUUCCCGGCGCCCAGAAGUCCCUGCCAAGAAUAUCAUAGAUUGGGAUAAUGACAUGGGUGCAAUAAAUUUUCCUAUAAUGGAGCCAAAUAUUGAAGUGAAUGAAAAGUUACAGAUUAGGAUUAAGUACGAACCAAUUAACUUCUUCAAUUUUGAACGGUUAAUACUAAAAUCUUCAGCUAUAGAACCACUCGUAAGCAAAAAAAUCAACACGCCUAACGUAUCCACGGGAUUUCAAGGAAGAAUAAAUAGGCUUAGGCAGAAAUGGGGUAUAGAAACCGACAAUAUAUCACAUUCAUCGCCCUCUGAUAGUAUACCACUGGAAGAUAGUGACUCGUGGCAAUGGCAUGUACCAUAUGGUGGAGCAAUAAAAAAGCCGAAAGAUUUCAGUACAAAAAGAACUUUGCCAACCUGGGAAGAUAAGGUAAGGUUUCUUACUCUUCUAGAAAGAUCCAAAUCAGCUACAUUUAUUAAUAGUAACGUACCGCUUUGUAAUCAUUCCGAAUUUGAUCAAGAGAAAGAUAACAAGAAACGAAGGAAAGGUAAAAAUCUAAAAAACCAAAAUAGAGUCGGAUCUUCAUUGAUAGAGUAUAUUGUUUUCCGAGAUUACGAAAUCAAACCCUGGUACACGUCUCCCUUUCCCGAACAAAUAAACCAGAAUAAAAUGGUUUAUAUAUGCGAAUACUGCUUGAAAUACAUGACUUCCCGGUAUACUUGUCUUAGACACCAACUGAAGUGUCUAACCUUCAGGCCCCCAGGAAAUGAAAUUUACCGCGAUGGCAAGCUGUCCGUUUGGGAAAUCGAUGGACGAGAGAACGUCAUAUAUUGUCAAAAUCUCUGCCUACUGGCCAAGUGUUUUAUCAAUUCUAAGACUUUGUAUUAUGAUGUUGAGCCAUUCAUAUUUUAUGUCUUAACAGAGAGGGAGGAAAAGGAAAACAAUAUCUAUCAGACCUCACCUAAAUUCCAUUUCGUGGGUUAUUUUUCCAAGGAAAAAUUCAACUCCAAUGAUUACAAUUUAAGCUGUAUUUUAACUUUGCCCAUAUAUCAAAGGAAGGGGUACGGUCAGUUUUUAAUGGAGUUCUCGUAUUUAUUAUCCAGAAAAGAGUCAAAGUUAGGAACUCCCGAAAAACCGUUGUCGGAUUUAGGUUUAUUAACUUAUAGAACCUAUUGGAAGAUUAAGUGUGCUGAAGUAUUGUUAACAUUAAGAGACAAUGCUAAAAGCGAAUCAAGUCAUGAAGACAAAGGCGCCUUCCAACAGUUAACAUUGAACGAUAUAGCUAAAUUAACGGGAAUGAUACCUACAGAUGUAGUGUUUGGAUUGGAACAGCUUCAAGUUCUCUACCGCCAUAAAACGCGUUCGUUGUCUUCUCUGAAUGAUUUCAAUUAUAUUCUUAAAGUUGGUUCCUGGAAUGAAAUCGAAAAUGUCUAUAGAAGUUGGAGUUCAAAAAAGUAUCCUGUAGUCAAAUACAAUAAGCUGCUUUGGGAACCUAUAAUACUCGGACCUUCAUUUGGCAUAAACGGGAUGAUGAACUUAGAACCCACCGCAUUAGCAGAUGAGGCUAUUGCAGAUGAGGCCAUGGCUCCUGUGAUUUCAAACAACGCCCAAAUAGAAAACUAUAACAACAGUAGGAGUCAAAGUCAAAGGAGCCACGGAAGGAGAAGGGGUGGUCGCAAGACACCCAAACUUAAUGCGAACAAUACCAUACAACCAGAAAUUUCUGUGAGUGAUUUCUUUCAAAAUACCGUUUCUUCUUUAACAGAAUACAUGUGCGAAUAUAACUCCACAGGCAGUGAUAGACUAGCUGAUGGUAUAGAUAAAAGUGUGUUGCAAAAAAUCCGUAACCGUGAAAAGCUUCUUAGGUCAAAAUUUGCUUCUGAAUCAUAUUGGGAACUCUGUUUCACACUCAAGAAUUCAGAAGUCCCACCAGAAAGCCACACAACGAAGAACAAUAAUAUUGGAACAGCCAGUAUAGAACAGGAAGAAGUGGAGGACGAAGCACCGGAGCUAAGUUUAAGCGCAGAUGUUGAAGAAGACGAAGAUUUUACACUUGAUGAUGUCGGGGAUGAAAAAGAGUCCGAAUAUAACGCAUCAAAUAAGACAUCUAUCAGUGAAGACGACGGGGAAAGUACAUAUGGCGAGGAGGAAAGCACAUAUGAAGAUGGUGAUGAGGAUGACAGUGACGGAGAAGACGAAGACGAAAACGAAGGAGAAGACGACGACGACGAUACAGAUAGCCACGAAAAUCAAGGAAGGGCCAGAACGAGGCGAAAAAUUACAUUGAUAGAGGAUGAUGAAGAAUAA